AUGGAAGAGGGGGGGUGGUGUUUCGGCGCCGGACCUCGACGGCCACCGGCUCCUCUCCCGAUGGAGAUUUCGGCUCCGGGGGACGGCGGGAGCUUGUUCCUGCGUCAAAGAUAUCGCCAUGUUACUAUUGCUAUAGAUACCAUGGCCUGUUUCCGACAGGUCCCCACCAGAUAA